AGGAAGUGAACCAGCUCUGGAAGAGGAAGAGGAGGGAAUGGGCAGAUUGUUCGGCUCUCUAAUUAGCAAAGCUGGGGAACUGGAGGAACACAGCAGGCCAGGCAGCAUCAGAGGAGUAGGAAAGUCGACGUUUCGGGUCGGGACCCUUCUUCAGAAAUCCAUUUCUGAAAGUAUACUUUUUUCACCCAGAGAGUGAUGAGGGCUUGAAACUUACUGUCUGGAAGGAUCAUAAGAGGCAGAAACCACUCAUCGCAUUUUAAUAAAACAUUCGGAUAAGAACAUAAAGGAAUAAUUUCUUCAUGCUUAAAAUGAGGCUGGAAAUAACUUCUCCAUGUUGACACUCCAUCAAACUUUCAGAAAAGAUUCAACACUUUCUGCGCUACCCUCUCCUGGUCUCUGGUGAUCAGCACUGCCUGCUAUCCCCUCUCUCAGGCCACAGUGAUCAACACCGUCUGCACGGCUCUUUUCCAGGCUCGAGAAGAAGCCGGACAAGGGGAAUAGAAGUAGGAGAUGACAUUGUACUGAAUGAGGACACUCACAGAAAGCAAUUCCCCUCCUUCAUCCGGUGUUGAUGCCCGUGUCUGUCUGAGGCAGUUCUCAUACAAAAAAGCGAGUGGGAUGUUGAAGGACUUUUCAGGUACUAACCAUACCUGGGCGUGUAUCAGAAUGUUCCCCAGAAAGAGACAGAAUGGCCACAAUCAUCCUCGUGUAUUGCACGCUAAACGAUAUCACUGAUACAAGGUCCAAACUAGGACAGCCUGGUAAAGGAUCUGGGAGACAACGGAAUAAAAACAUCUUAGAAGUGAAACAAGACGUUGUGAAUGUUGAAACUCAGAACCGGAGCUGGGGGCACUGAAGCUCGACAGCAGGUGGCCGUGGGCAGGGCUGUCAAUUGCCAACUCACGGGCACCUCCUUACACGAUGAGACCCACCGCAUGCCCUGAAUCGUUGAAGUCCCGGAGCCUGUGCAUCUCCCUUCUGUAUACUUCCACCUGCAUCCCUUUCUCCCAUGCCCCUCUCCCAUGUGUCCAUUCCUUCUGUGCAAUCAACUCCCACACCCCUCCAUCCUGUGCAUGUCAUCAAUGCCUUGGAUGCUGUGGGUCUUCCUGUUCUGAUCUAGUGUCAGACGCAUCCGAGGAUCAACAUCUCACAUGUUUUCAGUUUGAAAGUCUCCGAGGACGAAGAAUGCUAUUCCCACACGAGAAAUAUCCAUCAACAUUUACAGGGGAACUGAAACAGUAGCUGCAAUAAGCGAAGUUUUAUUCAGAUGGGACAAAGACAAAUUUAAAUCUCCAGCUGAUCUACCGCUCAAAGUCACCUCCAUUUCACCGGUCAGUUUCCCAAGCUUCAGGAAACUCAUGUUGUUGCAGAAAUAUUUGGAUUGACUGUGAGAGACGUCAAUCAGAGAGCCCACCCACUCUGCCCAUUCUCUCCUCUUCCAGAGCUGGUUCACUUCCUAUAGAGACUGAAAACCAAGUGAGGAGAUGAAGAAUUGCACUGUACUACACCAGAGAAUCAGAGAGGAUAGACACUGCAGAUAGAUCUUGACUAUUACCCAAGGAACAACUACACAACUGUGGAAAGCCAGCCAGUCCCUUCACAGCAUUGCUCAACACAGAGAAGGUUGGGCAGUGAAACUAUCAUCCGGAAAUCGGUCAGUUCAGAGGAGCAUAUCAUCAGAUCUGAAACUGGUCAGUGGUGUGCAGCCUUCCAUCGGAACCAACCUUUCUGAAAGUUCGGCUGUGAGUGAUCGGUAAGAGGCUGUUCAACUGUCGGGUUUGUGAGGAGAAUUCCACAGAUUCAUCAGAUCCCCCAGCAACAGGGAAUCACUGUUAAUACAUGGACAGCUGCAUGGAAGAGAAACCUUUCAAGUGUGAAUUGUGCAACAAAUCAUUCUGGUGCUCGUCAGACUUUCUUGUGCACCAACGCAUUCACACAGGGGAGAAACCAUUUACCUGUGAAGUGUGUAAGAAAUCAUUCUCUCAGUCAGCGACCUUACGUGUUCACCAACGCAUUCAUACAGGGGAAAAACCAUUUACGUGUGAGGUGUGUGAGAAAUCAUUCACGCAGUUAUCGAGCCUCCGGGUCCACCAAACAAUCCAUACAGGGGAGAAACUCUUCAAGUGUGAAGUUUGUGACAAAGCAUUUGCAACAUCUACAAGGCUCCUGGAACACCAGAGCAUCCAUACAGGGGAGAAACCCUUCAGGUGUCAGGUGUGUAACAAAUCAUUCUCACGCUCAACUCACUUCCGUACACAUCAACGCAUUCACACUGGGGAGAAACCAUUCACCUGCCAAGUGUGUAACAAAUCAUUCUCACGGUCUUCGAACCUCCUUGAACACCAACGCCUUCACACUGGGGAGAAGACUUUCAAAUGUGAGGUGUGUAAUAAGAGCUUUGCACAGUUGUCAGGCCUGGUGAAACACCGGCACACUCACACAGGGGAGAAGAAAAUAUUCACGUGUGACGUGUGUAAUGAGGAGUUUGAACAAUUGUGGGGAAUGUUGGAUCACCGUCGCAUUCACACAGUUGGGGAAGCCAAAUAAGGUGUGUGACUGAGUAUUCACACAGUCAGUGAUACUCAAGAAACACAGACACAACCACACUGAGAAAGGGUUUUUGCUAGGCUGUGUGGCAAAUGCUUCAUAAGGCCAAAAUUACUGACCAGGGAGAAACCACUGAAAUGUGAGGUAUACAGCCAUGGUUUCACACUGUCAGUGACAAUGCCAUGUCCAAAUAGUGCAGGGUGUUUAAUGAAGGCUUUGUACAAUCAUUGGGCCUGAUGUAUCACAAACGUAUCCCUGCUGGGGAAAAACUGUUGAUGUGUGAAAUCUGUGACAUUUUCUUCACACACUCGUGAAAGCUCCUGCUCCCUCAGAGAAUCUCCAUGGUGGAGUGACUGUGAAAUCCUUGACUCUUGCAGCACCAGAAGGUUCGAGGAGAUGAACUCUUCUGGUGUGAAGCUUAUAACAAGAUAUUUAUCACCUGAUCUCCAAAAAUACCACUGGAUCCAGACUGGUCUAAAAUACGUGACAAGGCUGUUAGACAGUGAGUGUAUUCCGAUCCGCCAAUGCAUUCGCAUAAGGGAGAAACCCGGUCUGUGUGAGUGCUGUAAUAAAGGAUUCAAUUCUUGGACCUCAUAGAACAUCAGCGAAUCUACACGGGAGACAAACCCUUCCAGUGUGACGUGUGUCCACUGUUUCACAUUGUUGUUCUCCUCCUCUCAUCAGACACAAUGUCUGCAUAUGGACUCGAAGCUGGGUCACCUGCUUCUCUUGCACUGAGAGCUGUCUGUAUUGUUUACCCUCCAGUGCACACACAGGGGAGCUAUCAUUCCAAAGUUCUGUCUGUGUCAACAAUAUCUAUCUCAAACCUCUCCCACCAUUGGUCCUAUUGUUUCAAAAAAUGUGUAAUCUUCGACCUGAUUACCAAACAUCACCAGAAGACGUCAAUAUGUACAGAAGCUCCUGUGUAAAUAUAGCAUCCUUUCAGUGCUGUGACAGGUACAAGUCACUCACUAACUCUCAAUCUGACCAAGAAGACAAUCAGAUACUCAGUGGUUCGAAAGACUUCAGCUUCUGAUCGACCAGGACAUGCAGUCAGGGGAGGAGCCAUUCUUGGGGCAGUAAUAGAGGUACCUCAGUUAGCCUCAGUGUCUUUGAUCAAUGGAGGAGGAGAAUCAGCCAGGAAUCCUAUUCCUUACCAGUGAGUCCAGCUGGGGAGUCAGGGGGAGGGCAGGAUGUGCCUCAGCUGUGACAGUCUCCAUUGUCUCACAACAUUCACUGUUUAGCUCUCCACAUGCUGAAUGGGCACUCAAACAGAGCACUAAAGGCCAAUCAGAAUCCACAGUCUGUCCUCCGGGUCAGUACCUUGAAGACUGAAGAGUGAGAGGACAACAGCUUGGAUAUAUUUAGCGCCUUAAUAUAAUAAAACAUCCCAAAGUAUAUCAUAGAAAUGUAAUCAGAUAGAAAUUAAAAUAGCAGAGACAAAGGAGUGCUAAGAAAGGGAUUAACAAAAAUUUGGUCAAACCGAUGGGUUUAACAAGGGUUCUAAAUAAGCGGACAGAGGUAUUGAUGCAGAGAGGUUUAAAGAGGGUAUCCUGAAGAUCAUUUAAUGUCCAAGGAGCAUCUGUUCCAAGCACUGUUAACAUGGGGUGGGGGAGAAGAGAAACCCUUCAAAUAAGAUUUACAUUCAAGCUUUCAUGAUGUCUUUGAGCCUGCAGAGACACAGACGAAUUAUACAGAUGUGUGAGGCGUUUGACUGAUUCUUCAACCCUCGUACUCCUUCCUGCCUUCUACCCAUGGUACAUUCGUACUUUGCAGUUCUGUCUUGAAUGCUCAAUUGAGCCUGUCUCCACCACUCUUAGGCCUUAUGUUCCAGACCCCAACUGUUCACUGUAUGAAAUUUUUUUUCUGAUGUCAUCACUACCGCUUUUGCCAAUUACCUUAAGCUUGUGUCCCAUCAAUCUUGAUCCUUGCACAAGUAGGAUCGGUUUCUUCCUGUUUGCUCUGUCCAGACCUCUCAUAAUUUUGAAAACUUUUAUCAAAUAUGCUAUCAAUCCGCUCUUCUCCAGUGAAAACAGUCCCUCUUCUGCAAUCUUAUUCUAUAACUGAAGUUUGUCAUUCGUGAAGCCAUUCUUGUGAACCUUCAUUCCACUAUCAUGAAUAUAUAAAGCCUAGAGCCAGAACUGGACACACUGCAGCUCAGGCUAAGACAAUGUUUAAUGUGGGUUUUGUAGAAAACUAUCUUACUUUUGUAAUCUGUGCCCUUGUUGAUAACUCCUGGGAUGCCAUUUGCUUUAUUAACUACUGUGUCAAACUCUCCAGCAAUGUUCAUUGAUUUUGCACAGCUUCACUGAGGUGCCUCUGCUCCUCUAGCCUUUUAGAAUUGUACCUUUACAUUAGGUUGUUUUUCUGUGUUCUCUGUACCAAAACAAAUCACUUCACACUUUUGUGCAUUAAAUUUGAUCUCCUAUCUCUCUUCCCAUUUCACAAACCUGUUUAUCUCCUUUUGAAAUUCUACAUCAUCCUUCUCACAGUUCAUAACACCCCCGAAUUUAGUGUAAAUGUUGUUAUUAUGCUGUGUACACCAAGAUCUAGGUAAUUAAUUAUAUCUAAGGAAGAACCAUGUCCCAUAGCACCUAACCCUGGAGAACAUCACUAUAAACCUUUCUUCAACUUGAGAAACAUCCAUUCAUCACUUCCUCACUACUCCUUGUCACUCAGAUCAUGAUAUAACCGUGAAGCUACUUGACCUUUGCUUCACUUUACUCACAAAGCUGUGUGGGGCAUGUUAUCAACUGCCUUUUGGAUGUCCAUGUGCACCACAUUAUCCAGGCUUGGGCUGACAUGUGGCAAGUAACAUUUGCACCACAAAAAGGCCAGGCAAUGACUGUCUGUAAUAAGAGACCAUUUAACCAAUCCCCCUUGACAUUCAAUGUUAGUAUCACUGAAUCCCCUACUAUCAUAUCCUGGGGGUUACCACUGACCAGAAACUCAACUGGCCACAUAAUACAUUGCCACAUAAACACAGUGACUACAGGAGCAGGUCAGAUGCUAGGAAUACUGUGGUGAGUAACUCACCUAAUGAAUCCCCAAAGCUUGUCCACCAUCUGCAAGGCAUAAGUCAGGCAUGUGAUGGAAUACUUCCCAAUUGCCUGGAUGGGUGCAGUUCCAAUAACACUCAAGAAGCUUAACACCAUGGAUCAUCAAGCCUUUCUGUUGCAUCAUCAGAAGACUUCUGGAGGUUAGUUAAAUAUACCUUGUCCUUUAUAGAUCUGUUGUAUCUUUCCUUAGUUAACUCAAUUUGCCCAAGUGACUUAUUUUGUCCUGAUUUAUUGUUUCUAGAAGCUUUACUCCCACUAAUGUUAAUUGCUGCAUUUAUCUUUACAUCCUUAUUUGAACAAGGGUGUAAUAUUUGCAGUUCUUCCAUUCUCCUGCUCCACUUCCAAUUCUCAGGAAGACUGGAAAGUUAUGGCCAGUGCCUCCAUAAUUCUUACUCCAACCAAGUAAUCUCAUCUUUAAAGGCAGCCCAUUGUUCAUUUACCAUUUCACCUGACAAUCUUUUAUUCCAAUUUAUCUGGCCAGAUCUGUUCCUUACCCAAAUGCAGUUGGUCUUCCCCAGUUCAUUAUUCUUGUUCAUAAUUGUUCCUUGUCCUUCUCAAUCACCACACCUAAACUUUCUGAUACAAUGAUCACUGUUCCCUGAGUGUACCCCUCCUGACAUUUGUACUCGCUCGGUGACAUCCUCGAUCCUGGUAUUAGAAAGGUAACAUACAAUCCUGGAUUCAUGUCUCCAGCCACAGAAACGUUUGUCUAUUCUUGGAACUAUCGAGUCUCUUACUGUUCUUCCAGUCUUCAGUGUACCACCCCGUACAGCUAAGCCAGCUGUGGUGCUGUGGACUCACGGAUCACCCACCUCUUUCAUCAGGAUUUUGAGCUCAGUACCGGCUGGAGAGUGAGAUACAUUCAGAGGUCCUGUAAUACUUGCCUUCCUCUCACUUCCUAAACCGAUCCCUUAACAGCCUUGUUCCAAUUUUAGUGCAGUGGCCACUGAUCAAUAUACUUGGUCACCUCCUUGAAAGAUUCAGCCAGACUUGUUAGGCAUGACCUACCUCUGACAAAGCUCUGGUAUCUACCCAUGAUAAACCUUUCUUCAUUUGGCAUAAAAUGGAUAUAAAACAAGUGGCUCAUAGUGGUGUUGAAGGAAGAGGUUUUGAUGAACCGUUGCAAAGCACAUAAGUAAUCUUGAGGAUUUGGCAUGUUUUAGAAAUGAGCAAAUGGUGACCAACAAGUUGUUGAAGACUGAAAAAAUAGAAUCAGUGUAAAUGAGCAAGAAAUAGCAAAACUGUUUCUAAAGCUUUCAUAAAUAAAGAAGGAAGACAGUGGCUGAGGUAAACGUUUUGGUCCCUCAAUCCAGAAGCAUAAGAAAUUGUCAUGAGGAAUGAAGGAAGGAAAAAUGAUUUGUUACAUAUCUACAAUAGAUUGCAAUCAAGGAUCGAGUAAGAAUGAGGAAUUCCUAUUUUUUUCCGGUUCUGCUAUUUACUUUUGGAGAAACUUGAGAGAAAAAGCUGGUGAAUUUCUAUGACAUGAUUCUCUAUAAUAGUACAUCAAUUAUAAGAUAUUUAGGUCCAAAGAAUAAAUUAUCGAAUAUUCCAGAGAAAUGUUGCACUCGUUUUAUUUUGAGAUCAGUAUGACUU